UGCAGGCACAGAGGCAGAGGAGCCAUCCUCCCCUGAGCACAGGGCUAUCCUAAUGGGAGAGAAGGCAGCGCUCAGCAGAGUCCUUGGGCUGCUUCCAGUGGUCCUUUCUCUCCUCCAGGAGCAGCAGAGGAGAAACCUGGCGGCUCUCCACAGUUCCUGAGGCCUCCAAGAUGAGCACAACUGCAGAAGGAGACAAGUGAGGCUGUUGUCCCACAAUCUUCUGGGGACAAACACAAGGUUACUCACAGCAAAAAAGGAAGUUUUGGGGGAGGUCUCUCACCUGCCACUCUUGUGGCUAACACAACACCAAGCUGCACAUGCCAAAAGAAGACAGACGUGGCCAUGGAGCAAACUGAAGGCGACCUAAAUGCCACCACCCACCUCAGCUUUGCUGCAAUCUACGACAUCCAUGACGGGGAUUUCACCUCUCUGAGAAACUUCUCUUUCCCUUUCAAUUUCACUUACGGUGAUUACGACCUGCCACUGGACAGCGAAGAGGACAUGACCAAAACCCGCACCUUCUUCACAGCCAAGAUUGUGAUCGGGGUUGCUCUGGCUGGCAUCAUGCUGGUCUGUGGCGUUGGCAACUUCAUCUUCAUCGCUGCUCUCGCCCGCUACAAGAAGCUGCGCAACCUCACCAACCUGCUGAUCGCCAACCUGGCCAUCUCAGACUUCCUCGUGGCCAUCGUGUGCUGCCCCUUUGAGAUGGACUACUACGUGGUGCAGCAGCUGUCCUGGGAGCACGGCCACGUCCUCUGCGCCUCCGUCAACUACCUACGAACUGUGUCCCUCUACGUUUCCACCAACGCUCUCCUGGCUAUAGCUGUUGACAGGUAUUUGGCCAUUGUCCACCCACUGAAACCACGCAUGAAUUAUCAAACAGCAACCUUCCUCAUUGCCUUGAUCUGGGUCAUCUCCAUACUUGUAGCUAUUCCAUCUGCAUACUUUGCUACUGAAACUGUGUUGUUUAUAGUGAAAAACCAGAAGAAAUUUUUCUGUGGCCAAAUUUGGCCAGUUGACCAGCAGAUCUACUAUAAGUCAUAUUUUCUCUUCAUCUUUGGCAUUGAAUUCGUAGCACCUGUGAUUACAAUGACCUUGUGCUACGCCAGGAUCUCUCAGGAGCUUUGGUUUAAAACUGUCCCAGGAUUUCAGACAGAACAAAUCAGGAAGAGGCUUCAGUGCAGAAGGAAAACUGUCUUGGUGCUAAUGUGCAUUUUGACUGCCUAUGUUCUCUGCUGGGCACCUUUCUAUGGCUUCACAAUUGUCCGGGACUUUUUCCCCACCCUCUUGGUGAAAGAGAAGCAUUAUCUUACUGCCUUUUACAUAGUCAGGUGCAUUGCCAUGAGUAACAGCAUGAUAAACACCAUGUGCUUCGUGACCGUGAAAAACAACACCAUCAAGUACUUCAAGAAGAUCAUGCUGCUCAGAUGGAGGUCAACGUACAAGGGAAGCAAAUCUAGCACAGAUUUGGACCUGAGAGCAAGUGCAAUGCCAGUCACAGAGGAAGUAGACUGCAUAAAACUACAAUGAAUUUUCUGAGGUUCUAAUCUCACCUUUUUUGGAGAGGGGUUAAAGAGGAAAUACCACCUUCUCAGAAGUUUCUUCCUUGUCUGUGGGAAUACCCACCACUGGUGAGAGCCCUCAAAAAAGCAGCCUACUUUUGCAUUCCCACCAGAACUCUUCUCACUGGACUGCUGGAUAAUCCUUAAGCUUGAACAGAUGCUGUGCUUCAGUUCAUGCAUCUGUCAAUUUGGGAUGUAGACACUAAUUUUAUAGCUGUUAAAUAAGAACAAAGAAGUUUAUGAAUGCAUUAGAGCAUCCUACAAUGAUGGAAAAGUUGAGUGCUGACCCUAGCAGUGAUGCUUGUUUCUUAAGAGAAACUGCUUAACUCCUUUGAGCUUAUGACUUGUACCCUCAAGCUAUUUGGUGUCCUUUUCUUUCUGCUCAGAAGAGAAAGGAUGCCAAAAAAGCCCAUUUUGCUUCCUGUCACUCUUUAACCUCUCAGUUUACCCCUCCUCUUGAAGUCUACAGACCACCAGCUUUCUACUGUCAUUGGACAAUAUGCACAGCAUGCUCUUCUGAAAGGCACAUGCUCUGAAAGCUAAAAUCUGCUUCAGUCAAGUGAAAGCCACAAGUUUCCUGUUACACCUUGUUUAAGAAUGCUUUAUCAAUAUUCCACUCUUUAGUUUUAUGGAGAGUGUUACUCUGUUAUGCAUUUGGAAAUGCCACAGAUAUAUAUCAUAAGGAUCUACUCCCUCACCUCCAGGCACCCUGUGGCCAGCUUCUGCUGCCUUGAGGUGCUGAGCUCCUCACAGAAUCAAUCACAGAAUUGUAGCACUUGUGAAUAACAUCUCCACAUUUCUAGCCCAUCUGCACACAUUAGCCAGGACUGUGUCCAGCUAGGCUUUGACUGACUCCAGGGAAUGCUGGCAGUCUCCCUGGAUCACCAGUGUCAGUGUUCAACAGCCCUCACUCAGUGAAAAAGUCUUUUCUUACGCUGAGAUGGAGUUUCAUGUGUUUUACCUUGCUUGUCAGUGGGAUCCAUACAAACCUACAGCAUGGAGGUGGGAAAAAUCCAACCAGGCAUCUUACCAAGUGUGCACCUUCACAAUAAAGGAGAAGCAACACCAAAAUACCAAGGAGAUCCUGAGAUGAUCCAUCCAUCUUUUUGGAAGCAAGCUUUAGGCUUCAGCCAGCCAUCCUCUGGUUGAGUUGAGAAACUUAUUGUCUGCUCAGAUAUGAUGCAACAACUUCAGAUGAAUUCUGCUUUUCCUUCCACAGUGCUUCUUUUACUGUUCUGAUUUAUUGCAACUCCAGUUUGGAUGUUUCAUGACUGGCAAUUGUGACAAAGCAGGUGACAGUAACAGUAAUACCUGCUCAUUUCAACUACUCAUAAGGUAUCAUGGACUUCCGUGUGUGGAAAUAAAAUCUCUUCUUCUGUGAUGACAAAUGCUUCCUGUUUUAAUGUGGUUGUGCUUACUUUUGGAGUAAAUGGUUUUGGUAAAUAACUUUUGUUUAUUUGUGAAUUUAAAGUGAUCAGCAAAUCCUGCAAAUAAAACAUGGCCUCAGUUUAAACAUUCUGAA